AUGGCUGCCCAUUCCCCAAUGGCGAAGAUGCUAGGCCCAGUAGCAGUAGUGGGCCUAGCCAUAUUGGGCUGCAGCCUGCUUGUCCAGGUUGGUGCCAGCCCGACCCCGCCUUAUGAUUCUGUGCCUCUGUGUGUGUUUGGUGAUUCGUAUUCAGACUUUGGGAACAACAUAUACUUGGACACCACCGUCCGCGCAGAUUACCCUCCUUACGGGAUCGAUUCUCCCACCGGCCGCCCCACCGGCCGCUUCUCGAAUUACCGCAACAUGGCCGAUUACCUCAGUGUCGCACUUGGAUUGCCGGAGACCCCCUCGCCGUAUUUGAGCCCACAGCUUAGCGGCGAAAGGCUGCUAUACUGUGCUAAUUUCGCUUCCCCGGCCACUGGGAUCUUGAAUGACACCGGAGUCCGGGAAGGGAACAGAAUAACGAUGCCCGAGCAGCUGGCUUCGUUCAGGCAAUACCGGAGCCGGUUGGCUGGAGUCGUCGGAGGAAAUGCGCAGGCUGAACGACUAAUCAACCGGGCAGUGUUCUUCGUCACGGUCGGCACUUGGGAUUUCCUAUUCAACUAUUACCGCCUCCCUUUCUCUGCCCGGGCCAGCCAGUACCCGGUACUCACCGACUUCAUCGCCUACCUGAUCUCCGUCUACACAAACUACCUCCGGAGCUUCUACCAGCUCGGGGCUCGCCGGGUUAUGAUCGUCGGCGUCGGCCCCUUGGGGUGCGUGCCGGCGACGCUGGCUGCGAGGAGCAGGAACGGGGAUUGCGAUCCGGAGCUCCAGAGAGCUGCGCUGCUCUUUAACGCCGAGGUGGUUAAGAUGGCCCAGAAUCUCAACAGUGAUUUUGGAGGCGUUUUCUUCCUUGCUGCCGACACCAAUCGAGUUAUCAAUGAUUUAUACACCAACGCUGCCGCUUAUGGGUUUACCGAAACAAGGGUGGCGUGUUGCGGGCAGGGCCGUUAUAACGGGGAAGGACAGUGCACACCAGCGUCGAACUUAUGCCCGAACCGGGAUGUGUAUGUGAACUGGGAUCCCAUCCAUCUGACGGACAGGGCGAACGGGAUCAUAGUCCAGCUCGUCUUGGCUGGUCCUCCAGAGGUCAUCUCCCCAAUGAACCUCAACGCUAUGCUGGCCAUGGACAAUGGGGCUUAA